CAUAACAAAGGUGCAGAAGAGACAUUCACAAACAGAAACCUUCUUUUACUCUCUUUCUGUGUCCUCUUUACUAUACACACAUCUACUUUUUUGAAACACUAACAAUGAUGCGAAUCAAAUGGCAAAACCCUCAACAACAAGGUCGCGUGCACAAACGAUCAAGAACAGCAACAACAACAGCAGAAAAGCAACAAUACUAUAAGAAGCGCAGACUGUACAACAAGAACAAGACCAAUGGGAGCAGCAGCAGCAGCAGCAGCAAGGACUUGAACGAGCUCGAGAACAAAGUGACCUACUCUUUGGAUUCCCUGGCCACAAUCACAGUCAUGUAUAACAGUCUCAAACACGCCUACGACAACUCCAAGCCUGAGCUGGAUCAGACGAGCACGGCCACGCGAUUGGGUGAAAUGGAGAGAGAGCUUUUGACGGCCUACGAUGAUCUCGGAUUACAAGUCAGACAUUUGGCACGGGACAUGAGCAAGCUCGAGAAACAGAUUAAGGAAACCACAGUAAUGGCACGCCGUCGCCUGGUACGCCCCCCUUGGUGCUCGAUGACGGCAAUUAUUCGCCUCCCUUGGCAUUGCCUUUCGAAGCAACCCCUCCACCUGUCUAUUAUGUUCCCGCAGCAGCAGCAGCAGCAGCACCGUCAUUACAGUCAACAACGGCAACAGCCGUGCCAGAAGCGUGGUCCUGUGACCCGGUUUAUGGUUGCUUUCCAGCGCCACCGCUUAUCACCCACAACAACGCACCGUGCGCUUGUGCAGAAUGCAGCAGCUGCAACAAUGCUUGUUGGACGGGUCCUUCCUUGUUGUAACAGCAACAAACUCUAUCUCUCUUCACCUUUUGUACAGUUCACUCUUUCUAUCUAUGUCGUGAUGAUGAUACCCUAUCCACUCUACUUGUUCUCACUCUAUACGCCGCUCUCUUCUCUUUUCAUGAUGAUCCAAUGUUCUUUACACCCUACUCACUAUUUGUAAUAUCUUUUUUUUUCUUUGUCAGCCUCCUCCACACACUAUCUUUUCUUCAUUGUUCUUAUCACAUAUUGCUGUUAUUUAACUUUCACUAUACCCUCAUUCUUCUUCUUCUUUUACCAUUGUAUGCCCCCUCUUUAUAUUCUUUGUAUGUUCUCGCCAAAUACCUUCUAUGUUAUCGUUAAUGUUGUUGUUGUUGUUGUUGUGAAUAGUGACCGUGUAUGCAAAUAAAAUGUACUAUUACCCAUUAUCA